AUGAAGGCAAAAGUUCCUAGAAUCUUUAAAAGCCCCGAUAUGGACCUCUAUGAUGGGACUACCGAUCCAAAGCAUCAUUUGAGCAAUUUUAAAAUUUGGAUGUACCUAGCCGACGCCUCUAAUGCUACUCGCUGGAAAGCCUUCCCAACAACUCUGACGAAAGCAGCAAUCAAGUGGUUUGAUAGCCUCCCCCCAAGGCUGGUCACCAGUUUUGACGGCCUCUCGCGUAAGUUCCUCAUGCGAUUUUCAAUCCAAAAGGAUAAAGUGAAGCAUGCACCGAGUCUCCUGGGAGUAAAACAAGAGAUAGGAGAACCUUUGAGAGACUACGUGGAAAGGUUCAACAAAGUGUGCCUGGAAAUUCAAAACCUGCCCACGGAGACAGUGAUCAUGGGCCUUGUAAAUGGACUUCGAGAAUGUCCUUUCUCCCAGUCCAUUUAUAAAAGGCAUCCGACUUCUUUAAGUGAUAUGCAAGAAAGAGUCGAAAAGGAAAUUUGUCAUACUGAAAGGCUACCUCCCCCUACGCCCAUCAAAAAUAAAAAGGGGGAAAGUCGUAGCGAAUACUGUGAGUACCAUAAACUAUAUGGUCACUCAAUGAAUGAUUGUUACAACAUGAAGAAUGAGAUAGAAAAGCUGGUUAGGGAAGGUCGGCUUGACAGAUAUCUCAUGGAAAGGUCGGACCAUCAUGGCAAGAUGAAGCAAGAUGAGGAAGACCGAAGAGACCCACCACCACGGACCCUGGAAAGGCAUAUACAUAUGAUCUCGAGGGGGUUUGCCGGAGGUGGUCUCACAAAGUCAUCUCGCAAGAGGCACUUUAAAGAAGUCGAUUUGGGGGCAAAGUUGCCGACGUUCCCGAACAUGAUGAUCUGGUAG